UUUCUCUCUCUCUCUUUUCACCGACAAGCAUCUCUGUCAAACUUCUUUCUCUCUCUUCUGCUCUGUGCAACUAUGCUUACUCUCUCUUCUUCCUCCGCCUUCGUCCUCCUCCUCCUCCUCCUCCUCAACUCGGCCACCCACUGCCGAAAGCUUCUCCAAGAUCCUUUCUUUCCGUCAACUCAAUCACCGCCGCCAGCAAACUCCCCCGCCGUUCCCUUCACCAAAUACCCUUUCACCUCCGAAUCCCCGCCUUUUUUCCCCCAAUUCCCUCCCCCUCCUCCCCCUUCCUCCGCUUCUAACCAACCCACCUUUCCCGCCAACAUUUCCUCCCUUGUUUUCCCCAACUCUUCCACCUCUCCUCAACGCCGUUCCUCGUCCUCUGCCAAGCUUGCCGCUGCCAUACUCCUCCCUCUACUUGCUUUCUCCAUCCUCUCCGUCUCCCUCGUCUUUUUCCUCCGCCGUCGCUCCCGCGGUAGCACUCAACCCCCUCUUCCCGAAAAAGCCUGCUUCUUCCCUCCGAACUACCGCUCUUCCUCCUCCUCCUCCUCCUCUUCCAACGGCGGCUCAGCCGGGGGCUCACCUGAGCUCCGUCCGCUGCCUCCUCUGUCGAGGAAGCUCCAUCACAACAAUGCCGAUGGACGGUGCUCGUCGCCAUCGGAGGAGGAGUUCUACUCGCCGAGGAAUUCUUCGUUGGGAAGGGGUUCGAGCUCCCAAAAGGAAUUCACUCCGGCGGCGAUGGAGACAUGUGGGUCGGGGAACGAUACAUUGAGUACUACGCCAUCAUAUCCUUCCUCGAGUUUCGAAUCUCGUUCGCCGUCGGUGCUGUCGCCUCCGUUGGGUUGUAGCCCGGAGAAAUCGAGGGCGAAGUCUGUGAAAUCAAGAUCUAGUAGUGGAGGCUUUAGGUACGCUGGAUUGAGUUUACCGGAAAUGGCACCACCAACAAUGCCCGAGCUGGUGGAUCCUUCUACUCUGAAGAGAGAAACCCCAACCCCAACUUCUCCGCUUUCUUCUCCGGUUCAGAAGAAGUCAGAUCUGGACUCAAAUGAAGUAAUAAUUCCCUUACAGAAGGAAAAAAUUUCAUCUUUUGAAAACCUUCAUUCUCAGGAGAGAAACGGGGAGGUUGAAGCUAAGCCAUUCAAAGCUAAGACACCGCCUCCGCCGCCGCCUCCACCACCGCCGCCACGCGCUGGUUAUUGGGAGAGUAAAAUAAGAAGACCUCUGUUGAACAAUCCACCUUCUUCUCUUGUGUCUCAAAAUCCGUUGGAAUCUAACAAUGUCAAAGGCACAGACUUCGAUUUAGAGAAUCAAGAGAAGAAUGACGAGACCUCUCGGCCCAAACUGAAGCCUUUGCAUUGGGAUAAAGUGAGAGCGAGCUCGGAUCGAGCAAUGGUGUGGGAUCAGCUCAAAUCAAGCUCUUUCCAGGUUAAUGAGGAGAUGAUUGAGUCCUUGUUUGUCUGUAAUGGAACUAACAACAAAUCAAAGGAGACAAACAAGCAGCAAGUACUUCCUUUGCCCAACAAACAAGAGAACAGAGUUCUUGAUCCAAAGAAGUCUCAGAACAUUGCCAUUCUUCUAAGAGCAUUAAAUGUUACAAAGGAAGAGGUCUGUGAGGCCUUGUUAGAAGGAAAUACUGAGAACUUGGGAAGCGAUCUUUUGGACACGCUCCUAAAGAUGGCACCUAGCGAAGAGGAAGAGGCUAAAUUGAGAGAAUACAAGGAUGACUCCCCAGUCAAGCUUGGUCCAGCUGAAAAGUUUCUCAAGGCUUUGCUUCAUAUUCCUUUUGCAUUCAAGAGAGUUGAUGCAAUGCUUUACAUCAUUAAUUUUGAUUCUGAAGUCAAUUACCUUAAAAAUUCUUUUGAAACUCUUGAAGUGGCCUGUGAAGAGCUAAGGAGCAGCAGGCUAUUCCUGAAAUUGCUUGAGGCAGUUCUGAAGACUGGAAAUCGCAUGAAUGUUGGAACCAAUCGUGGCGACGCUCGAUCCUUUAAGCUCGACACCCUUCUUAAACUCGUCGAUGUCAAGGGAACAGAUGGCAAGACAACCCUCCUGCAUUUUGUCGUCCAGGAGGUGAUCAGAGCCGAGGGUUCUCGCCUCUCCGCUUCCACCCUAUCCACCGCCAAAACCCAACCAAACACACUCCGCGAUGAUCUGGAGUGCCAGCGAUGUGGCCUCCAAGUUGUCGCCGGCCUUGGUGGCGAACUCAGCAAUGUGAAGAAAUCUGCUUCGAUGGACUCCGAGGUUCUCAGCAGCUAUGUCUCGAAACUCGCCGGCGGAAUCAGCAAGAUAGGUGAAGUCCUGAAGCUUACUGGAGAUGGAGAUAUCAGUUGCCAAAGGUUCAAUGAAGCAAUGAGAAGCUUCAUGAAGAAGGCUGAGGAUCAGAUCAUAAAGAUCCAGGCUCAGGAGAGUGUAGCACUGUCAUUAGUCAAGGAGAUAACCGAGUACUUCCAUGGAAACUCGGCCAAGGAAGAAGCUCAUCCUUUUAGAAUCUUCAUGGUUGUCAGGGAUUUCUUAUCCAUCCUCGAUCAGGUCUGUAAGGAAGUCGGGAAGAUCACCGAGCGAACCAUCGCUAGCUCGGCGCGCCAAUUUCCCGUACCGGUUAACCCAACUCUGCCUUCCCUGUUCCCUAAACUUCGAGCUUUGAGGCCUGAAAGCUCCGACGAUGAGGGCUCGGCAUCGCCAUUGUCGUCGUAGUGGUUACUAAGACAUUAUCCAGGAGGCCUCUGUGAGGCAAAAUUUUGCUGGUUAUGAUCUAGAAAGCCAGCAGGGUCUUUGGUAGAUUCCUGGUUAUUUAUAUAAUUUUUUUUUUUUUUGGUUGCCUGUAAAAUUAAUGUAAAAGAUCUUCAAAUUCUUUAUGGUAAUAUAUAUGUAGAGGGAGAAAUAAAAAUUUUAAAUGCAGAUGGGAAUAAUCUGGUUGGAUGGUCAGGCUGGCUAUCAGCCAUAGGUAUCAUACUGUAUUGUUUGGUAUGCUUCUGCCGACAGAUGAGAACGCAUAAAUUUGUAA